UCGAUCCAUGAUUUGAGUACAGAAUGUGACUCAUACUUAGCUAAAUUACAUCUUUAUUUCUACAGUAAUUCUUAAGACAUUACAAAUACAUGUAUGUGCAAUACUGUUCUUUACAUCUCUGAUGAAAUGCCUGAACAUAUACUUCACCAACUACUGGGCAUUAUUUGAGCCAUGAUGCUAUGUCAUCAUGGAUAUAAAGGUUACGAAUUUAGAGCAUGGGGACGUUUUGACAUACUCAUUAGCUCUCAUCAAAGGUGAUGUCAAACAGCCCUGUCGAGCUGCUGUUGUGUGCGUGUAUACAGUUGAAAAUAAACGGAAAAUAACAUGGCCAAUUGUUGAAGGUCUGUUCAAAGCAUUUGUGGAGCUGCGUCCUGGAUUAAAUCAUGUGCUUUUGGAAUAUGCAGAUUCCACACUGACGUUGGAUUUAACUUACAAGCAGAUUAAGUUCAACAAGUUUGUACUACCAAUUUAUAUCAUAUGCUCUGAUGACGAAGGCCAUUUUCAAGCAGAUGAAGACCAACCCAAUGACAUCUCAAUUGCAAAACGAAAAAUAAUCUUAAAUGCAAAAUUGUUACAAACUUUCACUGCUGAGAAGUUGAAAGAGCAGGGGUUUGGCAGGAAGACAUUUCAACUAGUCACGGACAGUACAGGAAAGGUUGCAUGUCAUACAUUUACAACGAAGUUAAAACUAGCAGAAGUUCAUUCCAUGACAGCUUAUGAUCUCUGGGUCUACUUUGCAAAGGAAAUAAUAUGCUCAGGAUUCCCUAAUAAGGAGAAUUAUAAAUGGUUUGCAUUUAUGUCAUUCACUCGUUAUACACCACCAUCAUCUGGCAUCAUUCCCACAUCACAUUCAGAAAUCAUCAAAUGCACCAAAGCCUAUGCUGCCUUGGGUGGAGGAGGGUUGGCACUGUUUGGAACAGCCACAAUGCACACCUGGGCACACAAGCUAGAACAUCUCACGAAGUGCUUCACAAACAACAAGAAGAUUGAUAAGACUAAACUCAUGGAUGAUAGUGCUUACAGGGGCUACUACUGGGCUAACUAUUCCACUGGCCUCGGUUCCUCUCUCCAUGAGCUUGGGCAUACCUUUGACCUGGCCCAUAACCCCUCAGGAAUUAUGGCCCGAGGGUUUGAUGAUCUCUAUCGAGUGUUUAUUGUGCCAACUUCUACACCACAUCUGACACCAUGUAGUAGUCCUCGGAGGAUAACUCCCUGUAGCAGCCCAGUUAGACAGAGACUAGAAGUGAAAUUAACAACAAAACCACCACCACUUAUCGUUCAAGUACAGACCGGGUUCCUCCGUCUGUCAACAGAGCAACGGGAAACCAUGACAAUACGGGAAUAUGAUGGGAGUGAAGUGCGUAAAACAGUGUCCAAGGAACUGAGUGGAGGGGAAAUGGUCACUGAGACAAAGGUGUUUCCUUGUGGCCAUGUUUCUACAUCUCAAAUUAGGCGCACCUCCAUUGGUCAAUCAAAAUCAGUUUCUAGUUCACCUUCAUCAAGUCGAGCAAGUUCUCCAUCACCACGGCCAGCCAUGUUGCCUAAAACACCACCAGAGGGCACUGUGUGUAUGACAUCCAAGAUUGACCCAUCUCAUGAAGAUGGUGGGGCACACUGGUAUAGGUCAUCGGCAGUAGUUCUUGCUUAUCAUAAGUGGUUGAAUCCUCCCCACCCUGAUGAUCCUGAUAAAGUGCCAACAUUUCAGGGGGAUAUGCUGCAUUCUAGCUCAGGUUUGCGAGUUAUUGAACUGCGUACUGUACCCGAUGGUAUGGUCUUUCAUCAUUGGGAGUUCCUCUCUGGCAUUCCACCAAUCACAUUCAAGCUGAAGGCUGUAGAAAUAGCUGGACUAUCCUCACAACACAGUUUGAAGGAGUUCACUGUACUCGCUGAAGAUUCCUUUGGCAAUUUAUUGAAGAAAAAGGUGUCAUUGACUGAGAUUGCAAAUGCAUCAUUUAGUUAG